AUUUGUGGGUAUAGAACUAAUAAUAGCAGCUUAUCUGAGGAUGGAGACUGACUGAGGACAUCGGAGCUCUUCUAUAUCUGGAAUGUGAUCCAAACACAAAGCAGCUCUCCAGAAUCCACGGCCACGCUUCACCGCUCACCUCCACGUAUCGCUUUCGCUUUGACGGAAGCAGUCUUGAGACGGUGAGGCGGCUUCAGUGUGCGGACUCCAGUUUCAAGGAGUCCUCGGGUGUGAUGUUGGUUGCGAAGGACUCCUGGCUUCAUAGCAACAGCAGGAAGGUAGUGUGACACCGUCGACAGGCAGCGAGGAGACGCGUCCAGCUGAGAUGUCUGGAGAACCAGGUAUUGAGUCCAGAUUUGGUCCAUCAAACAGAGUCUUGGAGCUCGCGCAGCACAAAACCUCAAAAACAGUUUGGGCCACGACUCCUUGUGGGAAGCUGAGCUGGGGCAACCAGGAGCCGAUAUGGCCCCUCUCCGCUCCAGCGCUCGGAGCCGUUCCAAGUGCAAGAAUCCAAUACCUAGCCAGACACAAAAGAGACUUCUCAGCAAGGGAGGACCAGCAGAGGAAGGAGGAGGCGAGCUUCUCCAGGAAGACCCGACGUCCUUCCUCCGAGGCAUCCCGGUACGAGCACAUUGUCCGCUUGUCAACACCCAGAACCCGGAGCUGCAGCUCCCAGGAAGCCGGGCCUCCUCACACACCUCAGUGUGAUAAUAACUGUCCCGUUUGGCACGUCGAUCCCAACAUGAAAGCUGCUGUGAUCACACCGCGACUGCUGCAGCUCUCCAAACCCAAACUGAGCCAUCCAGACUUCCAGAGCAACAGAGAGAUUGCGUCCAUCGUUUCGUUUGCGUCCAAGACGGCUCGAAUCUCUCAGCGACUGGUCCAGCUCUCGCUGCCCCGACUGAAGCAGAGCAACGUCUGCCUGGAGCUCGGACGCCCGGCGGAACCGAUCUGGACCGUAAGAGCUCCUUCUCAUAAACCGCCUCAGUAUUUAUCGCUGCAGUUUAGUUUGAACGUUGACGAACCGUAGAGGACUCAGAGAAUUCAUCACACUUUCUACUUGUGGAGAAAACUCUAAAAAUGGCUGUCUGCUUGACAUCACACAGUCAAUUUCAUAUGUUCCAGCUGUUUGAAGCAGCUCUCUGACAUAAACUGUGGUUGUUUUCACUCGAUGAGUAGUUCUUACAAUUAAUUGUGGAAUUUUCCAAUCAUUGUCAUCCGCCAAACGACAGAUGCUUACAGAUUGCCAGAUGUUUCUCCGUCCCCAUGAUCUGUGUUUUUGCGGUCCGGCCUUUUCUUUUGAUGACUGAAACACUUAUAAGAAAAAGUAUAAUGACAAAAGAGCCUUUGCUUGAACAGCAGCCGAGUGUACGACAUGAUUUACAUCUUUUAAGACAUGAAUUCGGGGCCAGUAGUAUUUUCUUGAAUUGCUACCAGUCCUCCUGAGCUUCAACAUCACAACCAAGUCAGUGCUUUUCUAGUUUGUUCCCCUUUGUGAAGCAACUUCAACGUCAGCGGAAACCUUUAAAAAAAGAUAACGACGGUAUCGAUGAGCUUUGUGGACAUCUAACUUCUUUUGGUGCUUUAUUUACAUCCUGAUCAGAGAUUCUACUUCAAUGUUUUACUAAUUAUUUUUAUCUUAUCAUCCAGAUAAAGGACCGGAGCAGUUUGUUGAGUUUCUUAGAUGAUUUGGUGUAAAACAUCAUAAAACCACAAACAAAUGUAAGAAAAAUCAAUGAAUCUAAAUGAAUUUGUAGAAAACUAAACUCAAAGUAUUGAAUAUGUUUCAAUUCCAAACUCAGUUUGAGACAUCUGGAAGGGAAACGUGAAAAAAAGACACACUGGUGCGUCUGUUUAUUUGCGGUUCUGUUGAUAUCAUUACCAUGUGUGUAAAACCUUGAAUAAAAGAUUUGGACCCCGAUACUAGAAUUUAUGACAGAUUGAUUAUAUCUCAGAGAUUUUGAAUAAAUCAGAUCAGAGAAAAUUAAUGAUGUUGUCAGAGCCCCAGUAUGAAGUAUGAAGUGAUCCACAGGGGUUGAGCUGGAUUCUGCACUUAUAUCACAACCAUGUGUGUAUGCACACACACACACACACACACACACAGACCGCAUCUGUUCACUGACUUUUAUUUUGAAGGUAUUUUAGCCUUUAAAGAGUGAGUUUCCCUCUGAGGCGACAUUGUGCUUUGUCAGUUUUACCACUUCCUCUCCAUCUCUCUCUGAAGUUUUUACGUGGGACAGAUGUGCGUCUGCCGUGAGCAUUUUUAUUCACUCUUACAUAUUUUAAACAGAGUCUCUUCAGGCAGCUGUCUGCAUGCAUGUGCAGUGAGCGUGAGAAGGUUUUACCAAAGACUUUCAGACGCUCCCCUUUCAGAGGUCACAAUUCUUUGGGAAAUACCACGAAUCUGGCCACAGUUUACUUUACAAAAAGUGGCACUGCUUCAGUUUGGAAAUCCACUGCGAUCCCAUUUACACUUGUGAAAGUAAAUCAGAAAAUAGUCACAGUUUAUGUGUUCAGAGGUGGAGGCGCCCUGUGCCGUGAUUUGAUUUGGAGCGCUGCAGGCUGUGGCCUCCAGCGUGGGCUUUAGAUCAGCGCAGGUUUGUGGCCCCGCACGACUCGGCGAGACAUCAAAGGAGAUUGAACCGAUGUGUUGCUGGAAGGCUAAUCUGGGAUUAGCCCGCCGCGAUCGUGACCUGGGACCACAAGGUAGUGAGGAGGAGGAGGUGGGUGAUGGGGACUUUAAAAAACAAAAAGAGAAAGUUGAGUUUUAGCCAAACAUGAUUACUAACUGGUGUUUGAAAUUAGUUUUGGCUGUAGACACAUGAACAGUAUUGGACAAUGCUUCUGCAACUGUCAAUGUUUCACUGUGUUUGUCUCUUACAGAUAAACAAAUAAUAAAAGGAAAUAAAUAUUGUGCAUUUUAUAUCUUUCUUUCUGUAACCAUAACUGUACAAAAGCACAAUUUAAGAGGCGUAUGUGUAUGAUUAACAUGAUAUCAAUAUUACAUUUUUUAGAUAUCACGGUUAUCGUCAAUCCAGGUAUAUAUCGGGACACCCUAAAUAGCACCACUAGGGGUAAAAGAACCUCCACACUGUUAAUUAAGGUCAACAUGAUUAGCAUUUUCUGUUGAUGAAAUUUGAGUUGAGAUCCUACUUUUCCUUAUUUUUUUCCAAAUGAAUGGAAAUGCUUCACUGCUGUGGCAGGAAAGAGUUUGCCUGGUCCAGACCUUUGGAGCCUCAAGUGGAUAAUUCUGUCUGACGUCCGGAGAGGAAAGAGUCUCACAGCUCUUACGUACUGAUUGAUAGACCGUUUUUACUAUUUUCUGAGAUGGAGUAAAUGAUUAUUGAUGAUGGAAGUAUCGCCAUUUGCAGCCAAAAUGAUAUUUUGCAAGAUUGCUGUAUUGCAUCCUGAUUGAGUCCACGUCCCUUUUCUGUAUUAUGCAAAUGCAGAUUUUAACUUGGUGUAUUACAGUAUAGAUAAUCUCUGGAAAGGCUCAGUUGCAAACAUUAAGAAUGCUGCAGCAUGGUUUAGUUCUCAGUCUCAUUGCUGUCUUGGUGUCGUCACAUGUUCACAUGCCAACUGCCUCACACAGGAUGUUAUGUACAGUCAUUCCACACCUUCUGCUAAACACAGGAAAUAGUUGAAACAACACAUUCUCAUGCCAUCGCCCUGCUCGGUCAGAUAUUGGUACAAACACUUAGCCCUCGUCCAGGGAUGCACUUUUAAUGUUCGUAUUUUGAUAAAUUUCUGCUUUACACGGUGAUAUAACUAAUAUUUAAUAUUUCAAUGAUUAAAAGUAAACAAUUAUUUGAAGAAAGUAAAUUAAAACCUGCUCUAAUUACUGCAGAUAAGUAUGUAAAACCCAGUUAUGAUCCAUCUCAAGUUUCCUUACAAAUUAUCGAGAAUUAUCUCAAUAUCUAUUUUUCGUUUGCAAGCUGUAACUCUGCAAACAGCCACGUCAGGGUGGAGUUACAUGAAUUCCCUCCAAAUCAAAACACCAUGGGUGAAUAUUCCCUGAGCUGUGACAAACCUGGCGGCAGCACAACUGUGUCUGAAGCUCCUGUGUUUUUCAACUGGAACCAGUCUGACCAAUACAUCUACUGGACUUCACUCAAACUCAGUAUUUAUUUAACUAAAUGUUGAAAGUCAUAGUAUAGUAAAUCAUUACAACGUCAUUAAAAAGUUACAGUACAGUGUGCCAUAAUAGUACGUCAUGAAAAUAAUGAUAUGAAAUCAUGAGUGAAAUAAUGCUCAAAAAUACUGGUUGCAUAGUAACUAGUGGCUCUUUGGGAUUGUCGCUGGAAUUACGUUCGGUCAUCAAUUUCUUUCUGUUUUUUCUCCCUGUUAAAGGUUUUUUUGGAGGAGUUUUUCCUGGACCGGUGUGGGGGUCCCGGGACAGAGGAUGUCUCAUGUGUACAGAUUGUAAAGAGCCUCUGAGGCAAAUUUGUGAUUUGUGAUUUUGGGCUAUACAAAAUGAAUUGAAUUGAAUUGAAUCAAUUCUAGUGCUUUUAGCUUUCAGCCGUUACAAGUUUUCCGGUCGACAACAAAAAGUCAGGUUGCACAAAGUGACGCAAACUGAGCCUGGCAGCUUCAAAAUGGCAGAUUCCUCACAGCCCUGCAGAGUCCUCUUAGCAACACACAAAACCUCACUGCAUUCAAAUUCUGCACACGCUCUGAUCGGCGCUUAUGGCACACCAUCAAACACUCAGAUCCUCCUUUCACCAGAGUGACUCGAGGACAGAGAGCACUGAGGCACAUGUUCAAGUGCAAGAGAGCAUUUCCUGCACCAUUGAUUGAUUAUGACCUCUCACAGUAAUAUUAGUAUUUAAGUUUAUUCCUCCUUUAGUACCACUGUUAAGGCACUUUGGAUAAGUUCUGGCUAAAUAUUUUAAAUGACCACCUCAUUUCUUCUGAGCAUUAGAACGAUUUGGCAUUUGGACAUUUUCAAAUUUUGUGCUGUUAUUUUUAUUUCUUUAAUGCAUAGUCCUAAUAAUUACUGUAAAAAGUCACAAAACUUGAAACUUUAAUGACUUUGCUUUCAAGUUAUUUUGGAAGUCAAAUCUCAAAAUCUCAAGUCUUACAGCAAUCAAAGUACAAGUCAGGUCUCAAGUCUUCAUUUCGAUGUUUGAGACAUGGAUGAAGUAUUCUAUGUCUUAGUAUUCUAUAUCCUGUAAGUAUUGUUUUAUAUCACAGUAUCGCUAAAUAUCAAGAAAUUGUAUAUUUCCUGGAAAUUCUAUUGAAAAACGUUUGAUUAAAUAUUGGGAUUGGAUUUUGAGAUAAGAUAAGAUAAAAGAUAAGAUAAGAUAACAUGAUCAAAGAUUACAACAGAAGAAUAAGAAAAAAACAAUAGAAUACAAAUAUAAACAGUAAAGUAAGAAGUAUUAAUAGUGUAAGAAGUAACACUGACACCAGUGCAAAAUAGAAUCGCAAUAAGAGUAAAGUAAGUACAUACAAAUUAAACUAAAAUAGAAAAGUAAAGCACAACAACAUAAGAUAAAAACCAGUGCCUAGCAGAAACUAAACAGAAAAGUAAUAUUGUGUGUGAUAUUGAGAGUAAUAUUUUCGGUAAUCCAGUGAAAUAAAACCCUAAAAUAAAUGUCACAUGUAUGCAUAAUACAUUAAAUCCAAUAUUACCAAAAAUCAGUGUUGCUCAUUGAUUUCCAACGUUGUCACCAGCGGUAAAAUACACCCAGAAGUAUGAAGGAGAGACUGUACACACCACAGUACGAGUGGUGACGCCACACAGUACUGCUGCCUAGUUUGGCUCCAUAGUUGAAACUGAAAACAGGGGGGAGUCUGUUCCUAAACCUUUACGGACCAUUAAAGUAGUUUUCUAGAGACAGGAAUCACCUGCUGAGAAAUUGUUAGAUCCUGAGUUUUAAUUCAUAAUCCUGUACAAUAUCAUGAUCAUUUCAACAACUCUGACAUAUAAGAAUGGAGUGGUUUCAAGCAAAGCAAACUGUAAGAGUAAAUGGGGAUUUAUGAGCAAGAGGGAAAGGGGCAAGGUCUGGGAUAUAAUGUGUGUUUUUAAGCAGGGGGCUAGAGCAACUGUGUGUG